CGUCACAGUCCGUCACUCGGCGGAAAACACUGUAUGGGGAAAAGAAACGAUUAACAGGAGAGAGGCCGCGGGGGCAGGAUUCUCUGGCCCGACAUGGCUGCCGAGGGGGAGCAGCCGAGCGUGGCGGCUGCCAGCGCGGAGCUCGGCGAGCCUCAGUACUUGCGGCAGGUCCGGCACAUCCUGCAGCAUGGCUACAAGAAGGAGGAUCGCACUGGCACCGGCACCCUCUCCGUCUUCGGCAUGCAGGCGCGGUACAGCCUGAGAGAUCAAUUUCCACUGCUAACAACAAAGAGGGUAUUCUGGAAAGGAGUACUGGAGGAGCUGCUGUGGUUCAUCAAGGGUUCUACAAAUGCCAAAGAGCUCUCUGCAAAGGGCGUGAAGAUUUGGGAUGCUAAUGGAUCACGUGAGUUCCUGGAUAAGCAGGGUUUCAGCACCAGAGAGGAGGGAGAUUUGGGACCAGUUUAUGGUUUCCAGUGGAGGCAUUUUGGAGCAGAAUACAAAGAUAUGCACACAGAUUACUCCAACCAAGGAAUUGACCAGUUGCAGAAAGUGAUUGAAAUGAUCAAAACCAAUCCAGAUGACAGAAGAAUCAUUAUGUGUGCUUGGAAUCCCAAAGACAUUUCUCUGAUGGCUUUGCCUCCGUGCCAUGCCCUUUGCCAGUUCUAUGUUCUAAAUGGUGAAUUGUCUUGCCAACUCUAUCAGAGGUCUGGAGAUAUGGGACUUGGAGUGCCUUUCAAUAUUGCCAGCUAUUCACUGCUCACAUACAUGAUUGCCCAUGUCACAGGGCUAAAGCCUGGAGAGUUCAUACACACAUUAGGAGAUGCUCACAUAUAUCUGAAUCAUGUGGAACCUCUGAAAGUUCAACUUCAAAGGGAGCCAAGACCUUUCCCCAAACUCAGAAUUCUUCGUAAGGUUGAAGACAUCAGUGACUUUAAGGCAGAAGACUUCCAGAUUGAAGAUUAUAAUCCUCAUCCACCUAUUAAAAUGGAGAUGGCUGUUUAAUGCUAUAAGAUAGCUUCUAUUAAUGUGGAAAUGUACCUAUGCUACUUAGCUUUCUCUGUACUUGAAGUUAGGGGUUUUAUAUACUUUGAAAGACACAUACUUUGUAAUUGAAAAAGAGUUACAUACUAACAGACUAUCACUAUCUUCAGUACUACACAGUAGUCAAGCAAGUCAUUGCUAUUCCUAUUGUACUGUGCAGGUGGAAACCUGGUUAAAUUGUUAGUGAGCUAGUUUUCUACAUGUUUCAGUUACCAGUGGCCACUUCUGUUACCAUUCAGUUGCUCCGUGUGAGUAGCAGUUGCUUACAUGCUUUAUUUAGUACUGAUAACAAGAUCUUUUAUGUAUGACAGAGGAUUUCUUCAAGGUCAAAGAAUCUUUGAAAUGUUUUCUAA